AUUGAGAUUUUGACAUGGGCUCCCAAAAGUCCCCCCCAAACCCAAGUGAAAGUGAGAAACAAACUAGAAGCCAAGUAAGCAAUAUAAAGCAGAAACAGAUAUUUAGCUUAUAAUGACAAAAUGGGGACUCUAUCUCUCUUCCCUACUCUCUAUGCUCCUUUGCGAACCCAUCUCUCAUCUUCGAAAACCCAUCUGUGCAACCCCAUUUUCUUGCCACACGUCUCUGUAACUUAUCCUCAACAGAGACGCUUUCGCAGCAAGAAUGUUGUUUUCGGUAGCAAAUCAGUUGACCCGAAGGAGUCCCAGUUCUUUGAUGAAGAUGGAGCUGUGGACGACAUGGAUGGCUACAUGAACUACCUCUCUCUUGAAUAUGACUCUGUCUGGGACACUAAACCUUCCUGGUGCCAACCAUGGACAAUUACCCUAACCGGAGUGCUAGUGAUUGCGUUUAGCUGGCUGAUUCUGCACUCAGUAUUAGCCACAGGCGUUGUAGUCUUCCUAAUUGGCUUAUGGUGGUAUAUCUUUCUGUACUCUUACCCAAAGGCUUAUGCAGAUAUGAUUGCUGAGCGGAGGAAGAGGGUGUCCAACGGUGUUGAAGACACUUUUGGGUUGAGGGAAACCCGGUGAUGAUCCUGAUUAAAGCACUACCAAAGUUCUUAGUUCUUACACUAUCUUUCUGUAACUUCAUGCUUACUAGAAUUAGAUUGCUCUAAUCUUGCGUCAAUGAAUGAAAUGAUUAUUGAUAAUG